ACCACUGUGAGAUCUGCCAGUAGUAGAGAUGACGAUCCGCGUGGCUGUGAUAGGAGCGGGAGCGGCAGGACUCUGUGCUCUGCGGCACCUCACCACCAGACAAUACAAGUUCCGGGCCGUCUGCUUUGAACAGAACAGUCGUCUUGGUGGAACAUGGAUUUACACUGAUAAGACUGGCGUGGAUGACCACGGUCUCCCCAUACACUCCAGUAUGUAUAAAAACCUCACGACGAACCUUCCUAAGGAGUUGAUGGCUUUCCCCGAUUUCCCAUUCCGAGGGGAUCUUCCGUCCUAUGUGAGACAUGGAGACGUGUUGGAAUACCUAGAGAGCUAUGCAGAUCAGUUUGAUUUAUUUAAGUAUAUCAAGUUCUCCACUACAGUGAUUUGGGUUGAGCCCCUGACCUCCCCCGACAAGGUAACGUGGCAGGUGACGUACAAGGCUUUAUCAGACUCUGUUGUAACUCCUGUCACAGAAAACUUUGAUGCUGUCAUGGUUUGCAAUGGUCAUUUCGCUGUUCCAAUCUUACCCGCCAUUCCCGGACUGGAUCUGUUCCAAGGUAAAGCAAUACACAGCCAUAACUACCGUUAUCCGGCCGAGUUUGAGGGGAAGCUUGUGGUGUGUUUGGGUGCUGGCGCAUCUGGGAUUAGCAUCAGUGUGGACGUAUCAACUACUGCCAAACAGGUUUACAUGUGUCACAGGAAGCCAAGCCUACCGACGUGUCUACCUGAUAACGUAGAACAAAAACCUGGAGUUAAGAAUGUCACAGAACACACAGUGGUGUUUGAAAAUGGUGAGGAAGUGACGGUUGAUGCUCUACUGUUCUGUACGGGUUAUAGAUUCAGUUUUCCUUUCCUGUCUCCAGAGUGUCAUUUGACAACUGAAAAUGAACGUAUAGUUCCCCUUUACAAGCACCUCAUUCACACUGAAUAUCCAUCUCUGUCAUUAAUUGGAAUCACAAAGAUCAUUUGUCCGUUUCUAAACUUUCACCAUCAGGUGCUCUUUGUGAUUGCUACCCUAGACGGUACUAUAACGCUACCAAGUCGUAAAAACAUGGAUGAAGAUACAGCUAAAGACUUCAGCAAUAGGUUGAAAGGAGGCAUGCCAGAACGCUACGCCCAUACUAUGGGCCCCCUUCAGUGGCGCUAUUAUGAUGAGAUCGCAGACCUUGUAGGAUCUAAGCGAAUUCCUCCUGUCUUUAAAGAGUUAUAUGAAACUGUAAUGCAAAUGAGGAACAAGGAUUUUGUAAACCUCAAGUCUUUUAACUAUAAGAUAUCAGGGCCAAACACUUAUGUAACUAGUAAUGACAAUCUAGCAACAUAAACUGCUAUUAAGAAAAGUCUCGCUCACGGCAACUUGGCCUACUUUUUUCAAGGGGUGAUAUUUUAAGUGUGUCUUUAAGCAGGUGUGUUUUAACAAACAUUGCUCUGAACUGUAUAAAAUAUUUGAAAUCUAACAAACGGAAACCAGAUAUUCACCAGUGAUUGAGUAUUUCAGUCCAUCUUCAGCAUCCACUAACUUUAAUGUUGUAUCAGUUUGAUGAUAUAUUUUGUCACUUGACUUCAAAAUGAUGGGAUGAUUUUUACACCGAUCAUUUUCCAACACUUUAAAA